UGUAAAACGUAAUUCUCAUCAUCCUCAUCAUGGUCAACGUAGCAAUUGCAGGCGGCAGAGGUGCCGUCGGGCGCACAUUCGUCGAGGUCAUGGCCUCACAGACAAAGCACAAAGCAAUUGUUCUAACUCGAAAGGAGCCCACGCAAGAUGAUAAGGCUCUCGCCCCAGCAUUUCAAGUCGACUACGGCAACGUUGACCUCCUUACGGCAUUCCUUGAGGAGCACAACAUCUAUACGGUCAUCAGCACCUUCGGCAUCAAUGCAACCUCCUUAGCAACCUCCCAGCUCAACCUCAUCAAGGCCGCCGAUGCAUCUAAGGCCACGAAACGUUUCAUCCCAAGCUCCUUCGCCAUCGCCUAUCCCGAAGACGGUGUCGCCAUCCUCCCCCCGUUGGAGCACUACUUCACCUGUCUCAAGGCCCUCCAGGCUACCUCGCUCGAGUGGGCACCCGUCUUCAACGGCAUCUUCCUCGAGUACUUCGCCCCGCCAGCCCUCAAGUCGUACCACCCGCACACCGUGCUCGUGCUCGACAUGGAGCACAAUGCCGCGGGCAUCCCGGGCGACGGCAACGUGCCCGUGACAUUCACCUACACCUUCGACGUCGCGCGCUUCGUCGUCGCCGCCCUCGACCUGGACAAGUGGCCGCGCGAGCUGCGCAUCGUCGGCGACGAGUUGACGCUCAACGAACUGCUGGCGCUCGCCGAGGAGGCCAAGGGCGCCAAGUUCGACGUCACCUACGACCCGGUGGAGAAGCUCGAGACGUCCCAGAUCACGGAACUGCCGGGCCACCAGGCCGCCUACGCAAAAUUCCCGAAGGAUCGCCUGCAGUGGUUCCUGGCCAUCUUUGAGAUGUGGAUGGCAAAGGGCCAGGCGAGAGUGCCGAGGGAAGGCAGCCUGAAUGAGAUGUUCCCGGAGAUCAAGCCGCUGACGGCGAAGGAGAUGAUGCGAAAGUACUGGAAGGGGAGCAAAUAAAUUAAGACCUUACACCUCCCAUCAUAGGCCAGCAAGCAAGUUCCAUGAGACAGCCGACAAGCGAGGCUUCGGUCCGUCCAUCUACCCAAGUUGACCGAGACAGGCGAGCAACCGGCUAGGUUUGGCGAAAAC